CGGAGGUCCUCGGUCUCCCUUCAGAGGAAAUCAUCCUUUCGGCCCGAUUAGUUGGAAGCGAGAGGGAAGGGGGAAGGACCGGCGACAACUCAAGAGUCUACGUUUUAGUAAGGCAGUGCAUCGGGCGCCCCGCCGGACGGGCUGCGAAAAGAAAAGUCCUCGUCUCCGUUGCCCCCCGCUAGAAGAGGUUUCUACUUUCGUCCUCCUCUGCUCAAGAUGGUGGCGUCCCGGGCCAUUGGCAGUCUCAGUCGCUUCCCUGCCUUCAGGAUCCUCCGCUGCAGAGGCUGUGUCUGCCGCAGCUUCACAACAUCUUCUGCUUUGCUGACCAGAAGCCAUAUUAAUUAUGGAGUCAAAGGAGAUGUGGCAGUUAUUCGGAUUAAUUCACCCAAUUCAAAGGUAAACACGUUGAAUAAAGAAGUUCAGACAGAGUUUGUAGAAGUUAUGAAUGAAAUCUGGGCCAAUGACCAAAUCAAAAGUGCUGUUCUUAUCUCAUCAAAGCCCGGCUGCUUCGUUGCAGGUGCCGAUAUCAACAUGCUAGCCUCUUGCACAACCCCCCAGGAAGCAACACGGAUAUCACAGGAAGGACAGAGAAUGUUUGAGAAACUUGAAAAGUCCCCAAAGCCCGUUGUAGCCGCCAUCAGUGGGUCCUGCUUGGGAGGAGGACUUGAGCUCGCCAUAGCAUGCCAAUACAGAAUAGCAACAAAGGACAGGAAAACAGUAUUGGGUGUCCCUGAAGUGUUGCUGGGGAUCUUACCAGGAGCCGGAGGUACCCAAAGACUGCCCAAAAUGGUGGGCGUGCCUGCUGCAUUUGACAUGAUGCUGACUGGUAGAAACAUUCGUGCAGACAGAGCAAAGAAAAUGGGAUUGGUUGACCAGCUGGUGGAACCCCUGGGACCAGGAGUAAAGCCUUCAGAGGAAAGGACAAUUGAAUACCUGGAGGAAGUUGCAAUUACUUUUGCCAAAGGCCUGGCUGAUAGGAAGGUCUCUGCAAAGCAAAGCAAAGGCCUGAUGGACAAGCUGACGUCAUAUGCCAUGACUAUUCCAUUUGUCAGACAACAGAUUUACAAAACAGUGGAAGAGAAGGUGAAAAAGCAGACCAAAGGCCUUUAUCCCGCACCUCUGAAAAUAAUCGAUGCUGUGAAGGCUGGACUCGAGCAAGGAAAUGAUGCUGGUUAUCUUGCUGAAUCACAGAAAUUUGGAGAGCUUGCACUGACCAAAGAAUCGAAGGCUCUGAUGGGACUUUAUAACGGCCAGGUCCUGUGCAAGAAAAAUAAAUUCGGAGCACCACAGAAGACCGUUCAGCAUCUGGCCAUCCUUGGCGCAGGGCUGAUGGGAGCUGGCAUUGCCCAGGUCUCUGUGGAUAAGGGACUGAAAACUAUACUGAAAGACACCACGGUGACUGGGCUGGGCCGAGGACAGCAGCAGGUGUUCAAAGGAUUGAAUGACAAAGUGAAGAAGAAAGCUCUAACAUCAUUCGAAAGGGAUUCCAUCUUCAGCAACUUGAUUGGGCAGCUUGAUUACAAGGGUUUUGAGAAGGCUGACAUGGUGAUUGAAGCUGUUUUUGAGGAUCUCGCUGUUAAACACAAAGUGUUAAAGGAAGUAGAAGGCGUGACUCCAGAGCACUGUAUCUUUGCCAGCAACACAUCUGCUCUCCCGAUCAAUCAGAUUGCUUCUGUCAGCAAAAGACCUGAGAAGGUGAUUGGCAUGCACUACUUCUCUCCUGUGGACAAGAUGCAGCUUCUGGAAAUCAUCACCACCGACAGAACCUCCAAGGACACAACAGCCUCUGCCGUGGCCGUGGGUCUCAAGCAGGGCAAGGUCAUCAUUGUGGUGAAGGAUGGCCCUGGCUUCUACACCACCAGGUGUCUUGCUCCCAUGAUGUCUGAAGUCAUGCGAAUCCUCCAGGAAGGAGUUGACCCUAAGAAGCUGGACACCUUGACCACAGGCUUCGGCUUUCCUGUGGGUGCUGCCACCCUCGCAGAUGAAGUUGGCGUGGAUGUGGCUCAGCACGUAGCAGAAGACCUAGGCAAGGCCUUUGGGGAGCGGUUUGGAGGAGGCAGUGUAGAGCUGCUGAAGCAGAUGGUCUCCAAGGGCUUCUUGGGUCGCAAGUCUGGGAAGGGCUUUUACAUCUACCAGGAGGGGUCAAAGAACAAGAGCCUGAAUUCUGAAAUGGAUAAGAUCCUGGAGAACCUGAGGCUGCCUGCCAAGCCGGAGGUCUCCUCUGACGAAGACAUCCAGUACCGUGUGAUAACAAGGUUCGUGAAUGAGGCCGUCCUGUGCCUGCAGGAAGGGAUCCUGGCCACACCUGCAGAAGGAGACAUCGGAGCCGUGUUUGGGCUUGGCUUUCCCCCUUGUCUGGGAGGGCCCUUCCGCUUUGUGGACCUGUAUGGUGCUCAGAAGGUGGUGGACCGGCUCCGGAAGUACGAAUCUGCCUACGGAAUACAGUUUACCCCAUGCCAGCUGCUCCUGGACCACGCUAAGAGCUCCAGCAAGAAGUUCUACCAGUGAUCAGCCCCAUCCUGCCCCGCCGAGCACUAACCCAGACCUGGUGCCGCUUCUUACCUGUGCCGUCUAGAUUUUCAGGAAGCAGGGGAAAGACCAGGUCUGGCCUGGGGUCUGCCUCUCCCCCACAGUGCCUUCAGCCCUGACCAGCCCUUCCUCCGGCUGAAGUCUGACUGUGAAUUCAGUUUGUGCUUCAUGUUGGAGGGUGAGCCCCACUGUGUCCCUUUUACAGCCCUGCCUGAGGCCCAGAGCAGCAGUUAGGAGUGACCCAGACUGUCUGCUGCUUGUGCCCCCAGGAGGCCAGUGGGGACUGGCAGUGGGGAGGGCAUUUCUGUACCCAGCCAAACACAGGGUAAUAAUAAAAUCCAGACUGUUGGCCUCUG